AUGCAAAGUAAAAAUUCGACGGUUCCGAAAGGGGACGACCGGUCGGGGAAGAAAAACUUCAUUUCUAACAAGAAGAGAUCGAAGCAGAUAAAACAAAUGGAAGAAGACUUUGAAGAGGCUCGGGAAACUGCUGAAAAGGCUGAAAUAUUGCUUACUGAAGAGCAAGGUUUUGUUGAAGCUGAAGGCAUGGAAAGGACAUGGAAAUUCAAACAAGAUGAUAUAGUGAAAAAUGUCGAUAUAGCGACUGCCAGCAAAAGAUUCGAGCUUAAGUUGAAUGAUUAUGGACCUUAUACCAUUGACUACACAAGAAACGGACGUGACCUUCUUAUUGGUGGUAAGAAAGGACAUGUUGCCUCGUUUGAUUGGCGUCUAGGUAAGUUGCAUACCGAAUUGCAUUUGGGUGAAACAGUCAACGCAGUCAAAUACUUGCAAAAUAACCAGAUGUUUGCAGUGGCACAGAAAAAAUACGUUUUCAUUUAUGAUCAUGAAGGUACAGAAAUUCACAAACUCUCGCAGCAUAUUGACCCUACUUUACUUGAAUUCCUACCGUAUCAUUAUCUAUUGGUAUCAGCAGGAAAGUCUGGAUGGAUUAGAUACCACGAUAUCUCUACAGGAGAACUAGUGUCACAACUACGUACAAAGUUAGGACCAACAGUAUCGAUGAGACAGAAUCCAUGGAAUGCUGUGAUCCAUGCUGGGCAUUCAAAUGGUCAAAUAACACUGUGGUCUCCGAGUAUGAGUACUGCGCUUGUAAAACUCCAAGCGUGUAACGGACCAGUUCGUUCAUUGGCUGUCAAUCGAGAUGGUAGAUACAUGGUCGCUUUAGGUGCUGAUAAAACUAUGAAGAUUUGGGAUAUUCGUAAAUUCGAAGAAUUGGAUAGCUACUACACUCCAACGCAAGCCAACACAGUUGACAUUUCCGAUACUGGGUUGGUAUCUGUCGGCUGGGGCCCACAUGUCACUGUGUGGAAAGAUUGUUUCAAGUCUCGCCAAAAGGAUCCUUACAUGAGCCACUUGAUUGCUGGAUCGCAAGUACAGACGACAAGGUUUGUACCUUUUGAAGAUGUGCUUGGUGUUGGCCAUAAUAAAGGGUUCUCUUCAUUGAUAGUGCCUGGGUCUGGUGAAUCCAACUUUGAUGCUUUAGAGAUUAACCCUUACGAAACUGGUAAGAUGAGAAGAGAAGGUGAGGUCAGAAUGUUGAUGAACAAAUUGAAGCCUGAUAUGAUAUCCUUGGAUCCAAACAGUGUCGGUACCGUCGACCGCAGAAAGCCACAAGAAAGACUGUCAGCUAGGGAGGCUAGCGAAAAGGCGGCCAAGGAGAAGGAGGAAGAGAAGUCUUCAGAGAACUUCGAGAGAUAUAUUAGACCUGAAACGGCCCCAAGAAGCUCCGCCCUUCGUAAAUUCAAAAAGAAGCAAAGAAAGAACAUGAUCACUGAGCGUUCUAUGCGUAUAGAAAAAGCCUUGGAGAAAGAGAAGGAAUUGAGACGUCAAAAGGAAGAAUCUGAGAACGGUGUUCAACAAAAGAAUGAUGACGUCCUCGAAAGUGCCUUUGACAGAUUCAAGUAG